AUGGGUCACGAAGAUGCCGUCUACCUCGCGAAGCUCGCCGAGCAGGCCGAGCGCUACGAAGAAAUGGUCGACAACAUGAAGAUUGUCGCUUCCAAAGACCAGGACCUGACCGUCGAGGAGCGCAACCUGCUCUCCGUCGCUUACAAGAACGUCAUCGGCGCACGCCGCGCGUCGUGGAGAAUCGUCACUUCCAUUGAGCAGAAGGAGGAGUCCAAGGGCAACACCGCCCAGGUUACCCUCAUCAAGGAGUACCGCCAGAAGAUCGAGCUCGAGCUCGCCAACAUCUGCGAAGACAUCCUCAAGGUCCUUGACGACCACCUGAUCCCCUCUGCCAAGACCGGCGAGUCCAAGGUGUUCUACCACAAGAUGAAGGGUGACUACCACCGCUACCUCGCCGAGUUUGCCGUUGGCGACAAGCGCAAGGACUCCGCCGACAAGUCUCUGGAGGCGUACAAGGCUGCCACAGAGGUUGCGCAAACCGAGCUGCCGCCUACCCACCCCAUCCGGCUGGGUCUGGCCCUCAACUUCUCGGUCUUCUACUACGAGAUCCUCAACGCUCCGGACCAGGCUUGCCACCUGGCCAAGCAGGCAUUCGACGACGCCAUUGCCGAACUUGACACACUGAGCGAGGAGAGCUACAAGGACUCGACCCUCAUCAUGCAGCUCCUGCGCGAUAACCUCACUCUCUGGACGUCAUCUGAGGCCGAGCACGCCGCACCUGCUGCCGAGGCUGCUCCCCAGGAGGAGGCAAAGGCCGAGGAGGCCGCUGCCCCUGCUGAGGAGGAGCCGAAGGCCGCCGAGUAA